GAUGACGGGGGGGGGGCGGCGGCGGAAGUGUCAAUGACAGUCCUGGUUGUUUUGUUCUCAUUCCUAAACCUCAUCGGAUAAACAUAAUCAUAACGACGUGAAUAACAUGACCACCAUAUCACAAUUUGUGAAUGAUCAGCCGGUACUGCAUCGGCGGGAGUUUGAGGAGCUAGAUAGUCGAAGAAGGUGUCAAUCUCAUCAUCCAUCCAACACACCAAGACAAACAUUCCAGGAUGACCCUAGAGUCAGACCACCUGGACCUAGAUGGCAAGGCCCUCCCGGUGACCCUGGGACUUGGUGGUCACGCCCCUCUGGCGCCCCUGGAACCAGACCCCGCCCCACCGCUGACCCCAGAGCCAGGCUACGCCCCUCCGGUGACCCAAGGCCCAGACCACGCCCAGCCGGUGACCCCAUGGCCAGGUGGCCCCUCAUUGACGAUCCCACGACAAGACCUCAGGUGGAUGACUGCGAGCGGAUGGGGACCCUUUUCGGGCAGCUAAACAAGUGCCUGCGCAGCGCGGGCUUCACCCAGAUGUACUUUGGGGAGAAGGUUGUGGAUCCUGUGAUCAUCAUCUUUUUCUGGGUCCUACUGUGGUUCCUGGGCAUCCAAGCUCUUGGGCUGGUGGGGACUCUGUGCAUUGUCAUCAUCUUCAUCCAGAAGUAACUCGAUCUCCAGCCUGUUUGAUUGGCAGUUGGGAGCUCCGGUGUCUACAAAUAAAAAGGACUUGAACUCCAAAUGAAAGGACUUGAACUCCCUCGCUGUCUGUUCUGUUUGCAUUAAAAGGGCAAUCAGCAGUUACUUCUUACUUUUUUGGACUUGUAUAUUAAUGAUAUGUACCCAUUGAUUCUUGAAGAAUAUUAUGCCUCAUGAGCUUAGUUUAUCUGUGGUACCCCAUCAGAACUCAAAAUAUAAGCUUGUUUUACCCUAAUGUUUGUAAACAAACACUGUAUAGCAUAGUUUUAACCAGGUUUUUCUAUCAUUUGAAUAUCAUGGAUGGUCAGUCCUUGCAUCCCUAGCUCUGUCUUUGAAUUUGAGAAUGGUUAAAUUUCUCCAGCUCCAUAUCGCCACUUUAUGCUGAAACAGAGGUGGGGAGCAUGCUUUAUUUUUCAGCUGCUGAUUGACACUUUAAACCUUCCUAGACUCAGUGAGCGUUUGUCAAUACUCAUCUUCUUAGUGGCCAACUACACUUUAUCUGGAGGGAACAUUUAGAGUGCUGGCAGGUGAAAUGGGGGCCUUGCUCUUAACUACAGAUCUCCUGGUUUCAAGCUUUUAAAACUGAAAAUCAGACCACUUUGCUCACUAGCUGCACCCCAAUACUCAAAAGCAAUGUCUGAUUAUCUCAUUACAUAUGUGAGUAUUGAAUUGAAAGAACUGGAUCAGUGAAAGCAAUAUAUCUAAUAGCUUAACUAGUUUUGUAUCGCAUAGUUUAACUGGUAAGUGUCAUUUUCAAGUUUUAUGAAGUUUUUGAUCAUGAGGGAAAGCAAUCAAGGAAAGGAAGUCUAUCAGAACUAUUUGGAUGCAGCCAUUGCUUCAAGUAUACUGAGUAGUUAAAUAUGCAAUCUGUAAGCCUCCCGUGUGGCGCAGCUCCCGAGCCUGAACGGGAGUUGUAGCGAUGAUACAAGAUAGUAGCUACUAAAAACAAUUGGAUACCACAAAAUUGGGGAGAAAAAGGGGUAAAAAUAAAUAUGCAAUCUGUAAGAUGAUAUCUAUAGUGUACAUGGAAUUAUAUUAUGUGGGGAAAAACAAAUAUUUCGUAACAUCAUUAGAACCGGUAGCCUAAAUCAAGGAGCGGCCCGUCAUAUUCCAAGGUGCAUUCCAUGAGAUUUGCACAUACAAGUAGCACUGUAUUUCUAUGAUACAAUUUGUAGUGGUCAAGGAAUGACAUUCCAUGAGAGCAACAUUACUUUGCUUCACAUCUUACAUUAUAUGCCAUUUUGUUAAACAACAGAAUGAAGUCAAAUAUCCUUCAUUUUGGGGUUAUCUAGAGGUCUGUUUCUGCUGCAUUAGUUUUAAUUACCAAUGACCAUCAGGCCAUAUGACACAUUGCUUUUUUAAGGCAAUUUGGGAGCAACAUUCUAACACCUGCAUGCCUACAAGGACCUGGAAUGCAUAUCACUGACUAGUUUAUUAGGUUCUAUAGUAACGUGAGUUGUCCCCCUACUUUGAAAAUGCAUUCAAACAUAUACCUUUGAUAUGCAUGUACUUCAAAGUAAUGUGUGGUUGCUGUGAAGGAGAAAAGUGUGCUCAUGACUAGCAUGGAUGUUUAACUUUUGCACAUUUGUAAAUGGGAAUGGUAGAGAGAGUUAUAUUAUAUCAAGCCUAUCUUUUUGAAUGAAAAUGGUACAUAAAUUGUCAGGAAUCCUACUAUUUUUAAAGUUGCAUGCAAUAUGUAACUUGAAAGCAAGUCUAAGAAGCAGUAGAUCUGUUAUGUGCUCUAUUUCUAUGCUUCCCGUUGCUUUCGGUUUUGUUCACCAGCUGAAAAUACAAUAUUUUUUAGAUGGACAAAUGAUUUUCUACACUAUACAUUGCUUGUUAUGUCACAAACUGAAAUUGGGCGAACUAUUCAAAUUUUUGUAAUCAGGAAAUGAUGACGUGAUUUAUGCAUGUUGCACCUUCAGUGGAGGUGACAAAAUACCCAUAAAACCUACCGGUCAAACAGGGAAAUGUUCCAAUCGUGUUUCUUCCAUUCAUUUUUCCCAUAGGGGAUUUUAUGAAACACUUCAAAUAAGGGCUGUGUUUCGUGUAGGCUUACCCUGA